GCGGCGGAGCCCGAUCCGCGGCCCGAGCGGAGCCGGAGAACGGCGGCGGCGGCACCAUGACCCUGGGCAGCUGCUGCUGCGAGAUCAUGUCCUCCGAGAGCUCCCCGGCCGCGCUGUCCGAGGCCGACGCAGACAUAGACGUGGUGGGCGGCGGCGGCAGCGGUGGGGGGGAGCUCCCUGCCCGCUCCGGGCCCCGCGCCCCCCGGGACGUGCUCCCGCACGGCCCCGAGCCUCCCCGGGAGGAAGCCGAGGCCGACGCGGCGGAGGACGAAGACGAGUCGGGCGGCUGCUCGGACGGCGAGCCCCGCGCGCUCGCGUCUCGGGGGGCGGCGGCCGCCGCGGGAAGCCCGGGAGCCGGGGCGGCGGCGGCGGCGGCCCGGGGCGCGGCGGGGCCGGGGUCGGGAGCGCCGUCGGGGGGCGCGGCGACGCGGAGCCCGCUGGUGAAGCCACCCUACUCGUACAUCGCACUCAUCACCAUGGCCAUCCUGCAGAGUCCCAAGAAGCGGCUGACGCUGAGCGAGAUCUGCGAGUUCAUCAGCGGCCGCUUCCCCUACUACCGGGAGAAGUUCCCCGCCUGGCAGAACAGCAUCCGCCACAACCUCUCGCUCAACGACUGCUUCGUCAAGAUCCCCCGGGAGCCGGGCAACCCGGGCAAGGGCAACUACUGGACGCUGGACCCAGAGUCGGCCGACAUGUUCGACAACGGCAGCUUCCUGCGGCGCCGCAAGCGCUUCAAGCGGCAGCCGCUCCCGCCGCCGCACCCGCACCCGCACCCGCACCCCGAACUGCUGCUGCGCGGCGGGGCCGCGGCCGCCGGGGAUCCCGGCGCCUUUCUGCCGGGCUUCGCCGCUUACGGCGCCUACGGCUACGGCUACGGCUUGGCGCUCCCGGCCUAUGGCGCGCCCCCGCCGGGCCCGGCCCCGCACCCACACCCCCACCCGCACCCUCACGCCUUCGCUUUCGCCGCCGCCGCUGCGCCCUGCCAGCUGUCGGUGCCCGCCGGCCGCGCCGCCGCGCCGCCCCCCGGACCUCCGACGGCCUCGGUGUUCGCGGGCGCAGCCUCGGCGCCGGCGCCAGCCCCGGGCACAGGGUCAGGCCCGGGCCCCGCAGGCCUGCCCGCCUUCCUGGGCGCGGAGCUGGGCUGCGCCAAAGCCUUUUACCCCGCGUCGCUGAGCCCGCCCGCCGCGGGCACGGCGGCGGGCUUGUCCUCCGCACUCCUGCGCCAGGGCCUCAAGACUGACGCGGGAGGCUGCGCGGGCGGCGCGGGCGCCGGGCCGGGGCAGCGGCCUUCCUUCUCCAUAGACCACAUCAUGGGCCACGGCGGCGGUGGCGGCGGCGGGGCCGCACCCCCGGGCGGGGGCGAGCGCUCCCCGGGAUCGCCGUUCGCCGCGGCGGGGCCUGGGGGUCAAGCCCAGGUCUUGGCCAUGUUGACUGCCCCGGCCCUGGCUCCAGUGGCCGGCCACAUUCGCCUCUCGCACCCUGGGGACGCCCUGCUCUCUUCGGGGCCCCCGUUCGCCGGCAAAGUCGCCAGCCUCGGUGGCUGCCACUUCUGACCGCGUCGGGCUCCGGCCAGCCAGGCCCGCACUCCCCAGCGCCUCCCGGAGCGGCCGCGGUCCCCGCGGAACUCAGGGAGUCUAUUUAUGAAGCGUCUCCAGACCCGGCCCGGCGCAGGACUCGGCCCUACAGGCUCCGCGCCCCGGAUCAAGCCAAGAGUUGGGACGAAGCGGGCUCCAUCCAUCGCUCAGGGAGAAGCCCGGGACCCCACGACCAGGUCGCCCGCUGCGACCGCCGCCGGCCAGUUUGGAGCAGGCCGCGGGGCUGGAGGAGGCUCACGGCGCCCAGCCCCUGCGCCCCUCCGCUGCCCCGGGAGGAAGAAGGCUCUCCGGAGAGACGGCCGCCCAGGCCCUGCGGAUUCCGGGAUUCUGCCAGAAGCACCCCAGACGCACGGAGGUCCCCCUUUCUGCCUCUCGAGCACCCCUUUCCCGACUCGGAGGCUCUGCUCAGCCAAUAUUAUAAUUUAAAGACACCUAUUAACCGCUUUGUGCAUAGAAGAAAAUUUCAACUCCCCCCACCCCUUGGUAUUCUCCAAGGAAGUUCAUUCUUUCUGAAGCCUAGAGAAAUGUCUACACAGGCGAAGCUGAAUCCAGAGGUGAAGCAAGGGGUCUCGACACCCUUUGCGAUGCCUCGGAUACCUCUUCAUGGAGGAAAAUCUGUCCUCUUUUGUGUUGGGGUGCUUUGAAGGAACUUGCCUCUUUCCCCCGUGGCCGGCUGGGUCCAGCCAUCCCAAGCCUGCAGCCCCUCAGCGUUCAGCUCUGCCCCAGCCCUGGGAUAUUUAUUGUAGCUAAAGGC